AUUGUUCUCCGUCGUCACGUGUUUCUCAGGGGGCCACUUCUUGUUGCAACAAGAACUAUUGUUCUUUCGUUUGCUUUUCCCUGUAGCCAUACUUCAUUAAGAAGAGAGACAUAGAUGGAUAUGUUCGAGAGGUUACGUCCAGCUGGACCCCUGGAGAAAUACUCCAUCGCGCGCCUCCCGCUCAAGCUCUAUUUCAAUGUGGCGGUGUCGGCAACCUAUACUCUUCCCGAUACCUUUACUCUGCCUAUUAAGGACUAUGUAUAUAAGGCAUGUGAGACAUUGAUCGGCCAACACCCUGUUCUCUCUGCGAUCCCAGUGAACGAAGAUACCGAUGAGCCUUGGUUCGUGCGUCUCCCGGAAGUGGACCUGAGCCAGCCGGUGUCGUUGCAGGAGCGCUCCCGUGACUUCCCCGAGGGAGAUGAGCCGGAUGUCGAGUUGUGCGAAUUGCUGCAAGUGCAGCAUAGUACAGGGUUUACGGCGCCGUUGCCAUACUGGAGGCUAUUCAUCUUGACGGAUGAUGCGAAUGAGCGACGCUUCACGGCGGUUUACGUAUUCCACCAUGCGCUCGGAGAUGGAACGUCAGGGAAAGCCUUCCAUGAAACGUUUCUGGAGGCGUUGCACGCUGCUGCUUCCUUGACACUGGGAGAAGCCAAGCAGAUCAUCCCAUCGCCGAAAACACCUCUGCUGCCCAACCUAGAAGCAGUCCAUCCGUGUAAUUCGACAAUCCCUUUCAUUGUUAAUGUGCUGUUUAGGGCCAAAGUAUGGUCCUAUCGCGACCCAGGUCUCUGGACAGGAGCGAAGAUCUUCGUCCCGAUUGACACACAAUUACGACAAAUCGUCAUCCCGGCGGCUGUGUCUGCAGCGUUUAGGAAGAACUGUCGCCAAAACAAUGCUAGUGUUACCGCUGCCCUACAGGCAGCCAUUGCGCGCGCUCUAUUCACCCACCUACCGCAGAACUACACAAAGGUCAACCUUACCGGAGCCAUAUCAUCACGAAGGUGGCUGAAGGGGGAAAUCACUGAACAGUCGAUGGGUGUCUGGGUUAUGGACUUUGGGGAAAGCUUUGUCCGAAAGCAGGUGAAUAAGUACCCCGACGCUUUCCCAUGGGGCGAAGCGAGAAAGUCCCGCGCGACGAUCGAACGGACACUGAGUCGCAGAGGCAAGAAUACUGGUGUGGGUUUGCUCAAGUUCGUCGAUAACUUCCAGGAUUUCCUGCAGGGUAAGAUAGGCAAAGACCGCGGCGAGAGCUUUGAAGUGUCCAAUGUUGGAGUCUUGAACCCUAACCAGGCAGAAGACUCGUCGCGUCCGCAAAUUGGACGGGUGAUGUUCUCCCAGACGCCUAAUGCCACUGGUGCUGCUCUGGUGGUGUCUUCAAUCACAGGCGGAGAUGGUUCAUUGGUCCUGGGCAUCACAUGGCAGAAAGGCGUUGCAGAGCCGGAGCUGUUCGAUGCUGUUAUCGAAACGCUGGUAAAGGAGCUGCACAAUGCUGCCCAAUGACUCGCAUGAGCAAUACACUUGAGGUGCCAUUUUGGUUUAAUGUUAUAUAGUGAAUCCUAUAGGCCUGCAUAAUAAGUAAUGAAUGAGCUUUCUUGUGAAGUAUCAUUGAUGGAUGAACUC